UGCCACUGCUCUCCCGCUCGUCCUCCGCUGUGGAUCGCCGGGACAUGAGGUGCCACCAUGGGGUUUAUGGAAUUCUACCUGGAGAUUGACCCGGUCACCCUCAACCUCAUCAUCCUGGUGGCCAGCUACGUCAUCCUGCUGCUCGUCUUCCUCAUCUCCUGCAUCCUGUACGACUGCCGCGGCAAGGACCCCACCAAGGAGUACGCCCCGGACAACACACCGGCGCCGCCCAGCCAGUCGCCCAUCCGCCUGGUGGUCAUGCAGAACUCGCCCGCCUCCAGCCGCUACGAGCCCAACAACGUCGGCCACGCCGAGCCGCCCACGCCGGACCUGAGCCGGGACCGGGCCGAGAGGGAGCGGGAGAAGAGGAGCACCCUGGUCUGAGGGACGGGGGGAGGUCUGAGGGACGGAAGGAGGUCUGAGGUCUGAGGGACGGGGGGAGGUCUGAGGGACGGGGGGAGGUCUG